AUGUUUUAUAAACCUAAGUUAAUAUCUCCAAACAGAACAUAAUCUCCAGUUGUAGUGCAUAAACAAUCAAUUACUUAAGUAAGUAAUCCACUUUUACCCUAAUAACAAUAUCAAGCUCAAACGUAUUAUGCAUCAUCGAAAACAACUCCAAUAAAAAAUUUAGAAUAGAAAUUUGAAGCAAUUAAGCAAAAUAUCAAUAUGACUCAUUAAAGUUAAUUGUCUCCAGAAAGAAAUAAACCAGCAGUUACGAAUGAUUUUGAGAUGUAGAUUAUACGGAAUGAUAUUGUAUUUAAAGAUCAAAAGAUUGCAGCAUUAUAAAAAGCGCUUGAUUUGUCAAAUGAUGAUAGAAACAAAUUAAGAUCAGCUUUAGAAUAGAAAUCUAAUCUGUGUGUCAAUAAAGAAAGAGAGAUAGCCAAAUUAUUAGCCACAAUCCAUUAAAUUGAAUUUAAGAAAAGUGAAAGCUAAAUCGUUAAGGAUCUUUAACUCUAGAUUGAAACUCUAAAAACAUUCAUUUAAGAGAAUGCUUUAGAUAAAUCAAACUUAAAAAAUGAAGAUGCUAAUCAAUUUAAGGCCAAAGUGGCUCAACUCCAAGAAUAAUUGGCAUAAUAAAUUAAUUAGAAUUAAUCACUCUAAUAAUAUAUGAAGGAACUUAUGAAUUAGAAUAAAGUAUUGUCAUAGAAAUAUACUGAAAAAUGCAUUGAAUAUUAAAAACUUGAGAUGCAAUUAGAUGAAAUCAAAAUAUUAUAAAAUGAACUUAAAGGGAAGGCUGAAGAAAUAGAAAUAUUAAAAGGGGAACUCAGCAAUGAUAAUACAACAAUUUAGACAAGAGAAUAAAGUGCUUUUGAUCAAUAAAACGAAAUUUAGAAAUUUCUUUCUCAAAUAAAACAACAAUAUUUAGAGGAUAAUCCUAAAAUGGACACUGAUGAUCAAGAUACUAUUAAUGUUUAUAAGCAUUUAUAUAGUUUUUAAUCUACAGACGAUUUAGCUAAAGGGGAACCUUAGAAAAUAAAUAAAUGA